CGGCAGGCGGACUGGCAGGCUGCUGUAGUCAUGACAACGUCUCGCAGAUUCUCGUCACGUGCAGACGCUUGGCGCUGAAGCAGACGCGGCAGCAAAUAAUCCUUCGUAGCAGGCCUUCAUACUAACUUUAGAUACAGCCUGAGGAGCCUGAGGCCAACACCAAGCCAGGGUUUCCAUCUACAGUCUUUGUGAAGACAAGGAAUUAAAGUGUGUUGGUGUGUCCAGAACUCGAGUCCUGCUGUGACACCUGAGUGAGCGACAGUUGCACACUGAUGCCUGAAGCUCACACAGUUAGCAAACAGACGAAGACUGCUGAAUACUUCUGGUGUAUUCAGAGAGAAAUGGUUGGACUCUUGAUCCUUGGCGUUCUCGUGUUAUUGCCUUCAGCAGCCCUUGGGGGACCAUUGCACCCGACGUGUGACAGCGCCCGUCCUUGUGGUCAGUCAGGCACGAAGCCAGUCACGCCACGCAUCAUGGGAGGGAGAGAGGCGAUGGAUGGAGAAUGGCCAUGGACGGUGAGUCUGGCGGCGAAUGACGAACCGUUGUGUGGUGGCGCGCUGAUCCAUGACCGGGUGGUGCUGACUGCUGCUCACUGUUUUGAAGAUCCCAACCUUCGAGACAUCCGCAGGUGGAAGGUGGUGGCUGGUAAACAUCACCUGGGCCAGGUGGACACCCACACACAGCUCUUCAGGGUGAAGCGCUUGGUGAUGCACGAACAGUUCUUACAUACAACAGUAAUCGACAACGACAUCGCCCUCCUUCUCCUUGACCACAGCCUGAACUACACGCACCACGUCAGACCCAUCUGCUUGUCGCCCACAGAGCAAAAGCUGUCCUCAGGCCACGGGUGCGUUAUGGCCGGCUGGGGGUCCACAGAAGGUACUGGCCCUGACUUUGUCCUCAACGUGGUGAGAGUUCGUAUUGUCAGCGAUGAGCUGUGUUCAAAACUGGACUGGUAUGGCAGCAACUUCCUUCCCUGUGCAGACAUUUUGCGCAGGUUUCAGAGAAGGAGGGAAAGAUGCUUGUUACGUGUGUGCAGCUAUGGGUACAAUUGCGGUGAAAAGAAGUCUCCCGGCAUCUACACCAAUGUGUCCUACUACCUGCGCUGGAUCUACGACAACAUGAACAAGCUGGACACUCUGAUAAGGGAGGCUCACACUGGGAGGAAACAGACGAAGACAGUCGAAUACUUCUGGUCUCUUCAGAGAGAAAUGGUGGGACUCGUGGUCCUUGGCUUCCUGAUGUUACUGCCAACAGCAGCCCGUGGAGGACCACUGCACUCGACGUGUGACAGCGCCCGUCCCUGUGGUCAGUCAGCCAUGAAGCCACGCAUCGUUGGAGGGACGGAGGCUAUAGUGGGAGCGUGGCCAUGGGCGGUGAUUCUGGCGGAGCAGAACUUUGCGGUGUGUGGCGGCGCGCUGAUCCAUGACCGGGUGGUGCUGACUGCUGCUCACUGUUUUGAAGAUCCCACCAGUCAAGACAUCCGCAGGUGGAAGGUGGUGGCUGGUAAACAUCACCUGGGCCAGGUGGACACCCACACACAGAUCCUCACGGUGGAGCGCCUGGUGAUGCACGAACACUACUUACGCAGCACAGUCGCCAACGACAUCGCCCUCCUUCUCCUCCACGAAAACCUCAACUACACCGACCACGUCAGACCCAUCUGCUUGUUGCAAGAAGAGCAAAAACUGUCCGCAGGCCAGGAGUGCAUCAUGGCCGGCUGGGGGUCCACACAAGGCACUGGCACUGAGUUCGUCCUCAACGAGGUGACAGUUGCUAUUGUCAGUGACGAGCAGUGCUCAGCCCGCGACUGGUAUGGCAGCGACUUCCUCCCCGUGCAGACCUUUGUGCAGGAUACCGACAGGGAGGCAAAGAUGCUUGUGAGGAUGUGGUCAUGGCGGGGUGGACUUGACUGGGUAUGGAGACCUACAGCACGUGUCAAACGUGUUGCUAGAGCGUCCGUCUCACUUUCUGUCUCAUGCUGUCGCUGUCACGUGUGUCCCAGGGAGACAGUGGAGGGGCCUUGAUCUGCAAGUCUGGUGACAGAUGGCUUGCGCGAGGUCUGGCUAGCUGGGGGUUCGGGUGUGGUGAAGAGAAGUUUCCCGGCAUCUACACCAAUGUGUCCUACUACCUGCGCUGGAUCUACGACAACAUGAACAAGCUGGACGUGCAGCCCUGCCUGGAGCUGAUUGGCUGAUAU